AUGAUGAGUGGUGUCGUGUAUUAUUUCUUUGUGUUGCUUUGCUAUAGCAUUACGAAAUCUGAUGCAGACUCGAUAAGAUACUAUUACGAUUACGAAUGUAAUCAGCCUCUUGUUGCGAACUCUAAAUUGACUGCUACAUCGAGCCUAAGAGACAGGGGUCCUGAGAAUGCUAAGUUGUAUGGGACGUCGGCAUGGACGGCUCGGGAGAGCUCCUACUACCAGCACCUGACCAUACAGCUGGACAAGAGGAGAGAAAUGCGUGGCAUUGCCACCCGCGGCCGCUUUGCCACCGACGAGUACGUUACCGAGUAUAUGCUCCAGUACUCCGACGAUGGCGAGAGCUGGCGACCUAUCACCACCGACGAUGGCUUCACGAAGAUGUUCGAAGGUAACCAUGACGGGAAUACUGUGGAGAAAAAUGAAUUCGAAGUGCCUAUUAUAGCGCAGUUCAUUCGGAUCAACCCGAUGAGAUGGCGGGACAAGAUCUCCAUGAGAGUCGAAGUCUAUGGAUGCGAUUAUGUUGCGGAUACCCUAUACUUCAAUGGGUCCUCUAUGGUGAAAAUGGAUUUACUGCGCGAUCCUAUAUCGGCGUCUCGCGAGGUGAUCCGCUUCAGGUUCAAGACCAGUACAGCAUCAGGCGCGCUCAUGUACUCCAGAGGAACGCAAGGAGAUUACCUGGCACUCCAGCUCAGAGACAAUAGACUUGUGCUUAACAUUGAUUUAGGAUCUGGUACAGCAACAUCGCUAUCCGUGGGCAGUUUACUGGACGACAACAUCUGGCACGACGUGGUGGUCUCCCGCAACCGACGCUCCGUCAUCUUCUCUGUGGACCGAGUCAUCGUACAGGACCGGAUCAAGGGAGAGUUUUCGCGACUCAACCUUAACAGAGCUUUCUACAUAGGAGGUGUACCAAACUUCCAAGAGGGUUUGGUUGUGAACCAGAACUUCACUGGUUGUAUAGAGAACAUGUACCUGAACGCCACCAAUGUGAUCCAGGAUUUGAAGCUAGGCUAUGAGUCCGGCGAGCCAUUCAAGUUCCAGAAAUUCAACACGCUUUAUGCUUGUCCAGAGCCGCCAGUAGUCCCUAUAACGUUCCUAAAGGAAGGUUCGUACGCCAAGCUGCGUGGUUACUCGGGCGGUAACACUCUCAACAUAUCUAUGGAGUUCCGAACGUAUGAACAGCAUGGACUUUUGAUCUAUCACAAGUUUAACACCGAGGGACACGUUAAAGUGUACAUAGAAGAAGGAAGAGUAAAAGUAGAAUUAGAAACUCCUGGCUCUCCUCGAGUGAAGCUGGAUAACUAUGCAGAAGAGUUCAAUGAUGGACGAUGGCAUUCACUGCUUUUGACAAUGGCUACUGAUAGCCUUGUACUGGCUGUAGACUAUAGACCUGUCAAGACGUUGAAGAAACUUAGAUUUAUGACGGGCAGCACUUAUUAUAUCGCAGGUGGAAAAGCUCCUCCGCGCGGUUUCAUCGGGUGUAUGCGCAAGAUAGCAGUCGAUGGAAACUACCGCCUGCCUACUGACUGGAAGAAGGAGGAGUACUGCUGUCCUAACGAAGUGGUGUUCGAUGCUUGUCAGAUGAUUGACAGAUGCAACCCCAACCCCUGCGAGCACGGCGGGGUGUGUACUCAGACGGCGGACGAGUUCUCCUGUAACUGCCAGGGGACCGGGUACGCCGGGGCCGUCUGCCAUACUUCCAUCCACCCCCUGUCGUGCCAGGCGUACAAGAACGUGCAGGCCGUGUCUCGCUCGGCCGACAUACACAUCGACGUGGACGGGUCCGGGCCUCUGCCGGCCUUCCCCGUCACUUGCGAGUUUUACUCGGACGGUCGUAUAAUAACAGCAGUGCAGCACUCGUCGUCCCAGAACACAGUCGUGGACGGGUACCAGGAGCCUGGCAGCUUCAGGCAGGACAUCAUAUACGACGCCUCGAUACGACAACUCGAGGCUCUGCUCAAUAGAUCCGAGAACUGCAUGCAACAUCUCGAGUAUAUGUGCAAACAUUCACGGCUGCUCAAUUCGCCAAGCGAGGAGUCGUCGUUCCACCCGUUCGCGUGGUGGGUGUCCCGCGCGGGGCAGCGCAUGGACCACUGGGCCGGCGCGCCGCCCGGCUCGCGCAUGUGUCAGUGCGGCCUGCUGGGCUCCUGCAGCGACCCCACCAAGUGGUGCAACUGCGACGCAGAGCACGGGAAGCCUGAUGAAUUCCAAGUGGACGGCGGAGAAAUUACAGAGAAAGAGUUCCUACCAGUGAAACAGGUUCGCUUCGGAGACACCGGGUCACAUCUAGACGAGAAGGAGGGACGGUAUACGCUCGGACCUCUACUCUGUGAGGGAGACGAUUUGUUUAGUAACGCGGUAACAUUCCGUAUAUCUGAUGCCAUCAUCACGUUGCCGAUGUUUGACCUCGGCCACAGUGGCGACAUCUACUUCGAGUUCAAGACCACCAGGGAGAAUGCUGUGCUUCUACAUUCAAAGGGUCCGCAAGACUACAUAAAGCUGUCAAUUAUCGGCGGAGAUCAGCUACAGUUCCAGUUCCAAGUGGGCGACACUCCACUGGGCGUGUCAGUGGAGACCAGUAACAGACUGGCUGAUAACAACUGGCACUCUGUCAGUAUUGAACGGAACAGGAAGGAGGCCCGCGUGGUGGUGGACGGCGCGCUGAAGAACGAGAUCCGCACGGCGCGCGAGCCGGCGCGCGCGCUGCAGCUCAGCACGGGGCUGGCGCUGGGCGCCGCGCUCGACCGCUCCGGCGGGUUCGUCGGCUGCAUGCGCGCCCUGCUGCUCAACGGACGCCCCGUCGACCUGCGGCAGCACGCGCGCAGGGGUCUAUACGGAGUAUCAGAAGGCUGUAUGGGCAAAUGUGCUUCGUCUCCGUGUCUGAACAACGGAACUUGUCUGGAAGGAUAUGACUCGUACUCCUGCGACUGUCGCUGGACUGCCUUCAAGGGACCUAUCUGUGCUGAUGAAAUCGGCGUGAACCUCCGGCCAAACUCAAUAAUAAAGUACGACUUCCUGGGCUCAUGGCGGUCUACCAUUGCGGAGAAGAUCCGUGUCGGCUUCACGACCACUAACCCUAAGGGAUUCCUACUCGGAUUCUAUUCCAAUAUCUCCGGAGAAUAUCUUACUCUACAAGUUUCUAACUCAGGUCAUCUCCGUGUGGUAUUUGACUUCGGAUUCGAGCGACAGGAGAUAAUAUUCCAGGGGAAACACUUUGCAUUGGGACAGUAUCACGAUGUACGACUGUCCAGGAAGAAUAGUGGAGCUACUAUGGUGUUACAGGUGGACAACUACGAGACACAAGAAUACAACUUUAACAUCAAGGAGUCAGCAGACGCCCAGUUCAACAACAUCCAGUACAUGUACAUAGGACGGAACGAGUCCAUGAACGAAGGGUUCGUGGGCUGCGUCAGUCGAGUGGAGUUCGACGAUAUAUACCCACUCAAGUUACUGUUCCAACAGGACCCACCGCCUAAUGUACGCAGUUUGGGAGGAGGAGUACUGAGUGAGGACUUCUGUGGCGUAGAGCCAGUGACACACCCACCCGAGGCAGUGGAGACAAGACCUCCGCCUGACCUGGACCUGCAACAUGAACUGGACUUGCAUAAUACUGACGAAGCUAUCCUCGGCACGGUACUGGCGUUCAUAUUCCUGCUACUGAUCAUAGUCGCCAUCGUACUAGUGCGGGCACUCUCCAGACAUAAGGGCGAAUAUCUAACACAGGAGGAGCGUGGCGCGGAAGGAGCGUCGGACCCGGACGCGGCCGCGCUGGCCGCCGCCACCGGCCCGCGCGUCACCAAGCGCAGGGAGUUCUUCAUAUAG